GUUAGGAAGUUUUCUUUUCAUGGCUAAAACGCGGAGAAGUUUUCAUUUCUGCGAUGAACGGAUACUUGCCUCCAUAUUUCAGCAUCUGCUCAUUAAAAUCUGAUGUAAAUCUGAUGAAAAAUGAAGAAGAAAAGAGUCAGUUUUUAUAUUUCAACUGACUGUGCCAGUGCUCUGAACGCAUGGCACGGAUGAGGCAACGUUCACGAAGAGAAAAGGCUCAUUAAAUGUCAGACAUCAGAGGGUGCAUUAAAAUAUGAAAAAAGUGUCUAAAAGUUAUGGAGCUCUCGGGUCAAGUCGAGCCAAAUCAGCCGGUGAACACCACAAACGACAGUUUUACUACAAAUUCAUCCACUGCGAAUGAGAGCGCAGAGAGUCUCGCCUAUCAGAUCAGUUUGGCUGUGAUUCUCGCAGUUAUCACACUCGCCACCACUUUAUCCAACGCCUUUGUCAUCGCAACGAUCUCCCAGUCUAAGAAGCUGCAAACUCCCGCAAACUUUCUGAUCGCCUCCUUGGCCGUCACCGACCUGCUGGUGUCUAUCCUCGUGAUGCCCAUCUGCGUCCUCUACACGGUGAUCCACACCUGGACGCUCGGGCAAAUAGUUUGCGACAUCUGGCUCUCCUCCGACAUAACGUGUUGCACUGCGUCCAUCCUCCAUCUGUGCGUAAUCGCUUUGGAUAGGUACUGGGCCAUCACUGACGCAGUGGAGUACUCCAAAAAGCGCACGACGGGACGAGCGGCAGGGAUGGUGGCCACAGCCUGGGUCAUCGCCAUCUCCAUAUCCCUUCCGCCUCUCUUCUGGAGGCAGGUGAAAGCGGAGGAAUUAACAAGCUGCAGCGUCAACACGGAUCACAUUUUCUACACUAUCUACUCCACUUUUGGGGCUUUCUACAUCCCAACCUUGCUCCUCCUUGUCCUCUACGGACGGAUAUACGUGGAGGCUAGGAAAAGGAUCCUGAAGCAGUCCCCGAAGAAGGUUGGAAAGAGACUAACGUCGGCGCACCUGGUCUCCAACUCCCCUGGGUCCGCGGCGUCCACUAGCUCUCUGCAAUGCGGGAGACACGACGCUCCGUCCAGCGACACUGGCUCUUCAACAAGCGAGAACCAGGUGAAAGUGACGGUGUCCGAUGCGCUUUUGGAGAAAAAGCGAAUUUCAGCAGCAAGAGAAAGAAAAGCGACAAAGACUUUGGGGAUAAUCCUCGGCGCUUACAUUAUUUGUUGGCUUCCGUUUUUCAUCUACACAUUGCUGGUGGCAACAUGUGAUACAUGUUUAAACCCCGAGUUAUUUGACUUUUUCACCUGGCUGGGAUAUCUGAACUCCCUCAUUAACCCGAUCAUAUACACAAUGUCCAACGAGGAUUUCAAGAAAGCUUUUCACAAACUUAUGCGCUUCAGAUGUUGCAGGCUGUGAACUGCGCCUUCAGUCUCCGAUAACAUUUGUCUAUUUUCUUAUAUAAACGAAAGUCCGUGACGAUAUAGAGGAAUCCCUUAAAAAAUAACAUUUCUGUGACUCACAGGCGUUAUGUGCAUGUGGAAGAGAGAGAGAGAAA